UUCCACCAAGCCGGAGUCUUCCUCAUUUCUUCAUUCUCCGGAGCAAGAUUGGUAAACCAAAAUGAAGAGAUGGCGCUUGGCAGUCACUGCUAUCUACUGUUCAAGGGCCUUCUCGCAUUUGUACAAACACGUUACGGCCACCAACAAGAAAAAGGUUUCCCCUGCUUCAUCUUACGGCCGCCUGGAUAUCAUCAAUGUUGUUGAAGAAUCGGUCCCCUGUUUUUCCAACAUUAGCCACUCAACCCUUGCCAGUCUUGUGAAGCAAAAAGGCCUUGACGAUCUUGUCGACUUCGGCGGGGUCAAGGGUAUAGCUUCUGCUCUUAAAACCGAUAUUAAGUAUGGAAUUCGAGGUGAUCCCGAAGAUCUUUCUCGGCGCCACGAGGCCUUUGGCACCAACAAGUACCACAGGCCACCCGAGAAGAGCUUCUUCCAAUUUGUGUGGCAGGCUUUGACAGAUUUCACUAUUGUAAUUUUGUUAGCAUGUGCAGCUCUUUCUCUUGGAUUUGGCAUGAAGGAAGAUGGUCCGAGAGAAGGAUGGUAUGACGGCGGAAGCAUAUUCGUGGCCGUGUUCCUUGUCGUUGCGGUCUCAGCCGUAAGUGACUUCAGGCAAAGCAGGCAGUUUGUGAAGUUAUCCAAGGUCAGCAGCGAUAUCCUGAUUGAUGUCAUGAGAAAUGGAAGGCCACAACAGGUUUCAAUCUUCGAGAUCGUUGUGGGAGAUGUAGUUUGCUUGAAGACUGGAGACCAGGUUCCAGCUGAUGGAUUGUUCAUAGAUGGUCACUCGCUGCAAAUCGAUGAAUCCAGUAUGACAGGAGAAAGUGAUCACAUUGAAGUUAAUUUAGCCCAAAAUCCUUUCUUGUUCUCCGGAACCAAAGUGGUUGAUGGCUUUGGCCGAAUGCUAGUCACCUCUGUUGGGAUAAAUACGAUCUGGGGCGAGAUGAUGAGCACAAUCAGCCACGAUUCCCAUGAGCAGACGCCCCUACAAGCACGGUUAAAUCAGCUUGCUUCAUCAAUAGGUAAAGUUGGUUUGGCAGUUGCUUUCCUAGUUCUCGUUGUGUUGUUGGCGCGCUACUUUACAGGAAAUACAGAAGAUGAGAAUGGAAACAAAGAAUUCAACGGCAGCAGGACGAAAGCAGAUGAUGUGGUCAAUUCUGUGCUGGGAAUCAUUGCCGAUGCAGUGACCAUCGUCGUUGUCGCAAUUCCUGAGGGCUUACCGUUAGCUGUGACGCUUACUCUGGCUUAUUCCAUGAAGAGGAUGAUGGCUGAUCAGGCUAUGGUUCGGAAGCUCUCUGCAUGUGAGACAAUGGGCUCUGCCACCAUCAUAUGUACAGACAAAACCGGCACACUCACGCUCAACCAGAUGAAGGUGACAAAGUUCUGGAUUGGCCAAGAAUUUGUUGAUGAUAGAGGCUCCAGUCCAAUUGCAGCCGAGGUUCUUGAAUUGCUCCACCAAGGUGUCGGUUUGAACACGACUGGUUCUGUUUACAAGUCUCCUUCGGGAUCUGAACUCGAGUUCUUUGGCAGCCCUACGGAAAAGGCAAUACUUUCUUGGGCUGUUAUAGAGCUAAACAUGGACAUGGAGGAGCUGAAACAGAGUUUUUCUAUUCUCUAUGUUUCAGCCUUCAAUUCAACAAAGAAAAGAAGCGGUGUCCUGAUAAGGAGGAAAUCUGAUAAUAGAGUAAGCUUGCACUGGAAAGGCGCGGCAGAGAUGAUACUCGCCGUGUGCUCGUAUUACUGUGAUGCCUGUGGAAAUAUCAAAGCUCUUGACGACAUUGAGAGGAAGAAGAUUGAACAAAUCAUCCAAGGUAUGGCUGCUAGUAGCCUGCGAUGCAUUGCUUUUGCAUACAAACAGAUCUCUGAAGAUAAGAAUGAACAUGAAAAUAUGCUGCAAAAGAUGGAAGAGAACUGCUUAACCCUUUUGGGGAUUGUAGGUAUAAAAGACCCCUGUCGACCCGGUGUGAAGAAAGCAGUGGAAGACUGCCAAUAUGCUGGAGUGAUUGUCAAAAUGAUUACCGGUGACAAUGUCUUCACUGCUAGAGCCAUAGCCACAGAGUGUGGGAUACUCGGGCCUGAUCAGGACACGGACAGUGGCGCCGUGGUAGAAGGACAAGAAUUUCGCAAUUACACGCCAGAGGAACGAAUGGUGAAAAUCGACAGAAUCUGUGUCAUGGCAAGAUCAUCCCCCUUCGACAAACUUCUAAUGGUGCAAUGCUUGAAACAGAGAGGCCAUGUCGUGGCAGUGACCGGCGAUGGCACAAACGAUGCACUGGCUUUGAAAGAGGCUGACAUAGGCCUUUCGAUGGGGAUCCAGGGCACUGAGGUGGCCAAAGAGAGCUCGGACAUUGUCAUUUUGGACGACAAUUUUGGUUCUGUUGCCACGGUGCUGAAAUGGGGCAGGUGUGUUUACGACAACAUUCAGAAAUUCAUCCAGUUCCAGCUCACAGUGAAUGUGGCUGCGCUUGUCAUCAACUUCGUGGCCGCAGUUUCAGCCGGAGAAGUCCCUCUAACAGCAGUCCAGCUCUUGUGGGUGAACCUGAUCAUGGACACCUUGGGAGCUCUGGCUCUUGCUACCGAAAAGCCGACCAGAGAGCUCAUGGAGAAGCCGCCAGUUGGCCGUUCUUCCCCGCUCAUCACCAACAUCAUGUGGAGAAACCUGCUUGCUCAAGCAUUCUACCAGAUAGCCAUUCUACUCACCCUACAGUUCAAGGGAGAAUCCAUCUUUGGGCUGAGCAGGAAUGUUAAUGACACUAUGAUCUUCAACACUUUUGUGCUAUGCCAAGUCUUCAAUGAAUUCAAUGCCAGGAAGCUGGAGAAGAAGAAUGUAUUCGAGGGUGUACACAGGAACAAACUAUUUAUGGGGAUCAUUGGGAUAACAGUUGUUCUUCAAGUGUUGAUGGUUGAGUUUUUGAAGAAGUUUGCUGAUACAGAGAGGUUGAGUUGGUGGCAGUGGGGAGUCUGCGUUGGAUUUGCAGCCAUGUCUUGGCCUAUUGGCUUGCUUUCCAAGUGCAUACCCGUUCCAGACAGACCCUUUUUCAGCUACCUCAAAGCGACAGCAAGAAAUUUCAAAUCAAUGUGUUUUGUAACAUUAAAUAAUUUAGUAGUUUGAACAGUUACAAAAAGAGAGUGGAAAUAAAUUAGUAUUAGAUGUUCCAGUGUGGAAAAUAAGGGGUAAAAUUAAUAUAUAUUUAUUGAACUUUAAAAUUAUAAUUAUUGAUUCACGAAUUUUAAAUUAUAAAUAUUUACUCAUUAUAUUUUUUUAAACCUCAACCAUCUAUCAUUUAUUACAAUUCUGUCCAAUGUUAUGAAUGAAAAAUACUAAUGAAAUCCAACGUAGCUAACAAAAUUCAAAAUAGUCUAAUCAAAUAUUUAUUUUUAGCCAAGUCAGGUCCCGUCAGCUCUAAG